AUGAUUUCUACCAGUUCACAGCUGCGGCUGCCAAUCGGUAUCGAAGGCAUUAGCUGUUUGACCUAUCUUCAAGAAGAUGAGGCUAAACAGCUGUUUGCACUGGGAACGACUGACGGACGCGUGCGAAUCUAUCGUUCGCUAAACGGGCAGUUCGAGUGCACCUAUCAGAAACGGUGGCACAAAUCAAUCCGAUGCCUUUCAUUGUUACCAUCCACCAGCCAUUUGGUGUCUGCGUCGAGCCAAAGUGGUUUGAAGGUUCAUGACGUAGAGUCUGGAAAGAGGAUUUGGGCUCAGCUGCAUGCACACAAGAAAUCUCCUAUCUCUAGCUUGCUCUCUACCUCACCGGUGGUAUUUGUUACGGGUGACGAAGAUGCGAUUGUCCAGGUGUGGGAUAUUCGAAAACCCGGUGCUCCCUGUCAUUUCCUGCGGAUACAAAAUGAAGAACAAGAAGAAGAGGACCUGUUCGGUGCGGUCAAUGACAUGGCUUGUGGCGACUCUCAAAAUCUCAUUCUGGGUGCACUAGAUAACGGCUCAUUGGCUGCUCUCAACCUCAGGAAGGCCCGCGUUGAAGUGCUGUCGGACACCCUCGGCUAUAGUGCUCGUACUGUGGCUGUUAUCAAGAACAACAAGGUCGCGGUUGUCGGCACUGAGGACGGCGCGAUCUGUCUGUUCAAUUGGGAUGAAUUCGAACUGUGUGCCGAUCGGUUCUCCCCGUUUGCACAGAAAACAUCCAAGCCUGCGGCCGUGGGCAGUGUUGGCGUCGGUCCUAGUAUAUCACCAUCCGUUGAAAAGGUUGUCAAAGUUACCGAGGAUAUGAUUGCUGUCGCUACGGAUGACGGAAAAAUCAGUGCAGUGAUGAUUCGGCCCAAUGAAGUCCUGGGCACAAUUGGUCGGCAUCCAGGCAGUGAGGGGGACCAUGGUGCGGAUUGUCUUAAUCUUGCUGUGAGUCCGCACAAACACCUCGCUUCCGUGUGUCCGGAAAGUUCAAUCGCCCAAUUUUUCUCUCUUUCCGAAUGGAUCAAUCGGUCCGAAAGCCUUCUCUCCAAUCCGUCGGGACCUAAGAAAAAACGAAGAAAGGUUGCGUCGAAUGCAAUGUCUCCUGAUCGGGCCGAGUAUUUGUCUGGCUUGCUACCGGAGAAGUCGGAGAAUGGUGGCAGUGAAUCCGCGUCAGAACUGGAAUCUACCGAAAACAGUGGGGAUGAUGGCGAAGAUGACACAGAUUCAGACUCCUGUUAGGAAUGAUGUCCGUGCGCCUGGUUUAUACGUAGGAAAAUGUAUUUUCACUUGAUCAUCGUCUUUUGCUGUUGAACGCUGCCCAUACAUUGUCAGAUGGAUGAAUAUAGUUAC